GAUGGCUGCGUACUGAUUUGUGUGGUGGCUGAAUUGUUCGAAAAUGAAAACAAAGAAGUUUGUGUGAUGAUAGAAGGAGAGAGAAUCGAAAUAAAAUCUAUCCUGGCCAUCCCAAUCGGUCCUACCACUGCGAAAUGGGUUGGAAAACCUAAAAUUUGUGUAUUCCUACACACAAACGCGAUUUCCCCAUCUUGCUCGAUCGACAUACAUCAGAACUACAACAAGACGAAAUUAUCGAUCAGCGGAACCAUCCACGCGGGCCUCUUAUCUAUUAUCCUACCACAAGAAAAUGCAGUUAAGACUUUCAUGGAGACCCUCGAUGAGUUCACUUCUCAGAAGAAAAUUGAAAACGCCACUUUCCAGCAGUUCUUUUAUUCACUGCUUCAAAAAUCAGAGACCAACGGGAAAAUCCCUCCUAUGAUUGUCACGACUCUACACAAAAUCUUAAGAAUGAGGUUUCCACCACCCAUCGUAACUGAAUGCUUCACAAAGACUACGAAUGGGAAUACAAAGCCUUGUACCAUAAGCGAUCUUGAAUCCUUCAUCAGCCAUUACAUCACAAAGCUAAGACUCGUAUUUGCGGAGACGAGUUCCCAUGGCGCAGAAGUUGAGGUCGAUCAUACAAUUCCAAAGUACCCAACAGCAAAACCUUUUUCCUCAAAUGAAGCGACAGAAGUUUCAAACACCGAAGUAGAAACAGAGGAAGCUGUAGAUGAGCUCACGGGCUCAGAGGAAGCCGUAGACACGGUGUACGUGGUGUCGGCCGAUGCGGGCUCUGGAAAAUCAGAGCUGGCUAAGUAUCUCACUUUCUUCGCCCAGAGCACUCGAGAGGUGACAUGCGUGGACCUGAUGACGAUCAUGUACCAGUUCGUCAAGAGAUUCGACUGGGACAAGCAACAAAAUUGCCACUCAGCUUUUGUCGAAGAGUGCGGAGAGCAUAUAAAGCAGGAACUGCAGAACGGACCAAACGACCGAGUCUUGAUUAUCGACGCCAUUGACUCCUUGUUUGAAGACUUGCGGAAAAAUGUGCUUGAGACAGUGAGAGGACUGGCAGAGAACAAGGUGCCAAUGUGGAUUUUCACGAGGCCUGAAUGCAAAGAUGAGUUGCUUUCUCAUCUUUCUGGAAUCUGCUCAAUCAGCGUGAUCGAAAUCGACCCUCUUUCCAAAGAGAAACAAACCGAAUUUCUGCAGAAAUGGGGUUUUGAAAAAUUAAAAAUUGAUCAACUCAUUGAGAAAAUCAAGCAGCAAGAAGCCGAGGACCUGAUCAGCAAGGUUGGCUACCUGGCAAAGCUCUCAACCUUUCCUGACCUCGCGAAAAAUCUGGAAACCGUCAAUAUUUACAAUUUAAGUGCACAUGUCGUUGACACGGCGAUCAAGUCGUACUUAAACAAACAAAGGCCAGAUUUGGAAAUUUCGAAACGUAACGAGGUUUUCGACAAAAUCAAGAAUGAACUCGCUAAUGAGGCCUGCAAUUAUUUCCUAAAACCUCAAAUCCAGAAGAAAAACUCUAUUCAACAAGGGAAAAAAGCCCUCCACGAUCACUUCUUCAGAUACCCUGCAGUCGAGGUGAGAGGGACCCUGGCCGCCUACCUCUUCGUUAGAAAAAUGGAUAUCGAACUGGACGAGGUGCUUGAGACGCUCAAGGAUGAUGACAAGAAAGCAAGCCUUGAACGCAUGUUUAACUUGAAACGCGAAACUUUAAAUUUGUUUUGAUCAAGGCAAUGCUGCAUCGGCUUGUUAAUUUAAAAAAUAUGAUAUUAUGUUAUAUCUAUCACCUAAACUUUGCAUCAUUUUAUUUUUAAACCUGUCUUGCUUUUGUUUAUUUUAAAUUGCUUCGCUGGAUCGGCACUGGUACUCAGAUCAAUUUUAACAAUAUUUUGUGUUAAUCAUAUAGAUCUUGUUCCUACGGAUGCAUAGCGAUGGCUCGUAUCUGUUUUAUGGUUCUAUCCCGCAAGUUUUCUGUCUUUUCUUAUCUUGUGUUUCAUAUAAGACAUCUGUAA